AUGGGAUUAAAAAAAUAUUAUGAGAUUGAAGAAGAAACUCCUUAUCACAUCAAAGGAUUUGAUGAGGCUAAUAUUACAUUAUUAGUUUGUUAUUCUUUCAAGAAAUCCCGGCCUAUACUUGCGGCACAAAUCAGACCAUUACGAGUUGACGUAUAUGGUGAACCUAGGAAAUCUGCUCGAACCAAGGAUUCUCAAUGGGUGCGUUCGAAUUUCUUUGCAGUUUUACAUAAUCCCGACACACGUCAACCUUUAGUUGUAACCGCACCUUUACAUUGCGUAUUGGAAGGAACAAUUAUGAAAAUGGUGGUGAUGAUUUGUAAACGAGAUGGAAUUGAUUUCAGAUUUUGGUUUCCAAAUAUUGAAGAUAUUUCUCAAUGGAAAGGAGCAUUUAUAACGAGUACUUCACGACUUGUUCUUCCAAUUGAAAUGAUGCGAUUUCGUGAUGGAAGACCAAUGGAGAAAUUAUCUACAGAUGAUGAAACAAUUGUACACAUUAAAAAUGAAGUUGAAAAAGAAAUUUUAAAUAGAGCUUUUCGUAUUUUAUAA